GUACUAGAUUUUACCCUGAGCAACACACAUUUUUUGGGUAAGGGCUGUCCCUGCUAAGUAGAAUUUUAUUUUGGAUUCAGAGAAUUCACAACCGGCGCCAACUCAACCCAGGUGGAAAUGUAAAAAUCCACACCAAGAUCAACUCAAACUGAGUGAGCCCAUGGCCAGCGAUGGAGAGUGAAAAGGAAAGAAAAUAACUGAGCAGGCACUCUCUCCCUCCAGCUGCAGCCUUCCACGGGAGAGCACAGAAGGUAUUUGUACCAAAUGCUUCAUAAAGCCAGCCUGGGCACUCGUUUUUGACACCACAGUGCACUACCUUCUAUCUUCGGGUUGUUUCUGGCGUCUUGGUUAUAGGAUGUAAAUAUCCCCCAUGGGAGAUGUGCAGGUCACCCACCUGACCAAGCCUGUGCUCCCUGGGAUCCCAGAGAUCAGAGGCCUCCUGGAAGGCAGAUGGUGCCAGGCCUGGAUGUCGGCUCCUCUCCCCACAGCUAGAUCAGGUGGCGGCAGCACAGGCAGCUGGAAGGUGCCCACAGAAAGAAAUCGAGCACCAUGUUCAGAAAGAUCCACUCCAUCUUUAACUCCAGCCCGCAGAGAAAGGUGGCGGCUGAGAGCCCCUUCUACGAAGGAGCCAGCCCCACGGUGAAGCUAAUUCGAAGCAGCUCCAUGUAUGUGGUCGGGGACCACGGGGAGAAAUUCAGUGAGUCCUUAAAGAAGUACAAAAGCAGCAGCAGCAUGGACACCAGCCUGUACUACCUGCGGCAGGAGGAGGACCGGGCGUGGAUGUACUCCCGCACCCAGGACUGCCUGCAGUACCUGCAGGAGCUGCUGGCCUUACGCAAAAAGUAUCUCAGCAGCUUCAGUGAUCUGAAGCCCCGCCACGCUCAGGGCACCUCCUCAACCUCCUCCAAAUCCUCCAAAGGAGGGAAAAAGACCCCUCUCCGGUCUACUCCCAAAGAAAUAAAGAAAGCAACACCAAAGAAGUACUCGCAGUUCAGCGCCGAUGUGGCUGAGGCCAUUGCUUUCUUUGACUCCAUCAUUGCAGAGCUGGACACAGAGAGACGGCCCCGGACUGCCGAGGCCAGCCCGCCAAAUGAAGAUGUGGACUUUGAUGUGGCCACCAGCUCCCAGGAGCACAGCUUGCAUUCUAACUGGAUCCUGCGGGUGCCACGCAGACACUCCGAGGACAUUCCUGCCCAUGCUGUGCACACGGUAGACGGCCAGUUUCUAAGGAGUACCGAGCGCAGGACCAUGGGCACUCAGGGGAGACUCGAGAGGCACCCCAUUUAUUUGCCCAAGGCUGUGGAAGGGGCCUUCAACACCUGGAAAUUUAAGCCCAAAGCCUGCAAAAAAGACCUGGGGAGCUCCAGACAGAUCCUUUUCAACUUCUCAGGAGAAGACACGGAGUGGGAUGCAGAGCUCUUUGCGUUGGAGCCCCUGGAGUUUCCUGGGGAGGACUAUUAUGAGACAGAGAACCCCAAAGGGCAGUGGCUGCUUCGAGAAAGGCUGUGGGAGCGGACAGUGCCCUGACUCCGUGAUUCCUUCCCGUGUCUUAGCCGGGUCGCGGAGAAGCUGUCUCCUUUCAGCGCAGCACGAGGUGUUUGGUAGAGUUGAAAAUGCAACUUGUAACACGGUCAAACCCCUCAGCACAUCGCCUGCUGGUGCCGCGCUAGUGCCAAACAGACCUGUGGCUUCCCAGGGGGCAGGUCUCAGGACACUCUCAGAGCCUGAGUUUCUCUGCGUGGGCUGGUGAGCAGGGACUUACAGCCUGCCUGGUCUUCAGGAGCUAAAGGAAUGGAAGGUCUUGAGUGGAGUGUCUGGCUCACUCCCCUGACCUCACCCAGCCCCACCUGGCCUGGUCCUCAUUCUCCAGGUGUCCGUCCAGGUGGCUGCUAGCGAUGUGCUCAGUACCAGAAACAAACUCACCUGUAGAUUUCUGGGCCAAAGCUUCAAAGAGGUAGCUCCUCUUUCUAUGAGGCUCAGAGACACACUGGAUCUGCACUGAGGCUACCUUCUUGUGUGCAGAAUGCAGGUGAGAAGCAGCUCCCUUUGCUCUCUUUCCAGAGUUCUCCAGAAACUCCUGCUGCAUUAGGCUAAGAUGAGGCUAAUGACCUGGCAAUGGGGUGAGGGAAGGGGUGUGCUGGGGCCUGCCUUGGGACCACACUAUUUCCUCUGGCCCAAAAGCUCAGCUCCCCUUCCCACAAGCAAUUGGCUACAGAAUAAGGGAGAUGGGGUGAUUCUUUUUUUUUUUCUUCUAAUUCUUACCCAGAAAAAUCUUUUUAAGUAUCCAUGGAGCCAGUUAUGACAGGCCACACCUUUCUCUUUCCCCAGUUAAGAGAACAAUCAGAAUCAUUACAUUCUUCUGGCAUAGAAGGGAUUUUUGUAUUUCAGGAACCAUCUGAAUCAGAAUUACAUUUAAUACAUUCUUGGUAUUUCUAAAUACUUUUUGCAUUUUUGCAUAUAGCUGUGCCUGUUCAAGCUUGAGAACCACUGGUGUGGAGAAUACACUGAACUUUAUCCAUUCUUACUGCUUUUUUUCGUAUUUCCUUAUAAACCAGUCUGUGGGUGUAUAAGGGCCUUUGGGCAGAAGGGAGGGAGAGAGACUCAAAAAAAACCUCAAUCAUUUAUUUGAAUUAAGCCAAGGACAUUCUAGGCUAAGUUUACUCGGAGAACUGAACACAGCCUUCCUUUCCACCAUGACUGUGGGACGAUAUUCUUAUUGUUCCAUGUUUUAGGAAGAACCUUUUAUUUAUGUAAACCUGAUUAUAUGAAUCUAAGGUUAUGUAACUCUUAGAAAAGACAGCUACUAAUUA